AUGCAAACCGUACGCCAGACCGCAAUGGGAAGCUAUCUAAAAGCUACAAAGAAUCAGACCAGCGACAAAAACAGGGCCAAUAGCGAAGCCUCGGAUCAUUCGCGAUCGAGCUUAGGAUCCCAAAGCACCACGAAGCCACGAACAAUCAAACCACCAAAGGUCAAGGCAAAAAAGAGUGAUGAUAAGAUACACCGGUUGUUGCAGUCUACGAGCAGCACCCAGGAGGCUCCCAGACAUGAAACACAGUUAGCACGGACUGAGCCUCGUCAAUCGACCAUUCUCCAGACACCCAUUGUUGUUCCAAUAAUGAGUGACUAUCUGUAUCCAUUCGACCUAAAGCCAGUGCCAGAUUUGAGGUGUCUUGGAAAUGGCCUCGACCCUUUCGGAACGAUGUUUCAAUCGAGUGACACCCGCGUCAACGUCGAGAAAUUGAAGCUCGAAUGCUCCAAGUACUUCGGCACGGAGGGUCUGGGUAGGUACUGGAUCCCCGAAUGCCUGAACUACGCACAUACCUUCCUCAGCACCCUCUACAUGGCUUCCGCAUACGAUGAUGUCGUCCACAAUCGCGAAAUAGAGAGUUUGGAGACCGCAGCACUGCGCCAAGAUGUCAUACAUUUCGUGAGCGGGAAUCUCACAGACGCAGCACAGAGUGUGGCAGAUCACAACAUUAUCGCCGUCAGCCAACUCAUACUGGGGGACGUCAUUAGUCGGUCCGAUGCAGGCCUACACUUCCACCAAAACGGAAUUGCAAUGAUGAUCAAGCAGCGCGGCGGACUUCAAAACUUGGGUGUCAACGGCCAGCUAGCAUCUGCAGUCUCGUGGGCAAAUCUUGCGACUGCGGCUUUGCAGGAAGUCCAACCAACUCCGAUGUACGUCGAAUACUGUAAAUUGCGGGCGGUGAAGGCAUAUCCCUUGGUUGUCACGAUACCGGAAUCGCCACUCUACCAGCCACACAAAAGAUUUGUGACAAUCGAGAGGUCGCAAAACUGCAAUCCAAACGCGCAAAGACUUCUGGUCGACAUCCACGCCAUGACUGAGAUGUUUCUUGACACCAAUAGCUCGAAGCGUACCGGCAACUCCAAUAAGAUCCAACCCGUCUACGACCGCAUCGUUCAAUCUCAAUCUGUACAACAAUCUCGCAGAACGACCAUUCUAAAAAAGAGUGACUGGAAGUAUGAAGCCAUUCGCCUCGCCGCGAUUGUACAGGCUCAGGCCAUGUUGGACCAAGUACCUUUAUCAGAGGCGCUUGACCGAGUGCAGGUACCGGAAAUGCAACCGGCUAUGUUUAGCUCGUCCGCGGCCUCAUUUUCCAACGACUCUUUCUCCUCGACCGUUGAAUUCCAGGACGUCAGUCCGGCUACUGACUUCUCCGAGAGUUCUUUGUUUGGUUUAUGCAAUGAAGGCUUUCCUUUCAAUCACCGGCCUUCGAAUUCGUCCACACUCUCGCGACCUUCACUUUCGACAUUGCAAUCAAGCUCAUCGGACGUACCGCUUCGGCAACAAGUAAUCACACGGACAAUCAGCGGCGACACCAUCCUCCAACAACUACGAGACGCCCUCGAGAACUCCGACCUUUCAGACUGUUGGUCCGAUAUGGCCGGAGUGCUGCUGUGGAUUGGCCUGGUCAUGGGAGCCGCGAGCAACAACAGCAAAGACAAGAAUGUGCGAAGAUACUUCUCUGCAACGACAAUGCGCGCAUGCAUCAUGCUGUGCUUUGAGCAUCCUGAAGCGAUUCAUUCCACGAUGCUGAGGAUGACCGAUCUUGUUGCAGCCUUAGGCAGGAGGUCUAAUGAGGGACAAAUGAUAAGAAACGACAGUUUCGUGUCAAGGAAGCGAUCGAAAAACUGA